AACAACUAACCGUCACAAAAGUAUGGAAGCUCUUUAUCUGCUGUUUUCAAUCAUAUCAACGUUCGUCACUUCCCUUGCUCUCUCUCUACGUCUCUUCUUCCGUACUCUACUCUGUCGCUUCCUCCCCUUCUACUACACUGAUGCUCUUUCCUCCAAUGCCGCCGCAGAAUCUGUCUCUAUCUACGAAGGCACUGUCUGGCACGAGCGGCGCCAUCCCGUGCGCCACUCGUUCCGCUACUCGGUUCGUUAUGCGCUUUUUGACCUCGAUUGCUCCCCCGGCCCGCCGCCUGACCACCUCUCCGCCGAUGAGGCUCGCCAUGUAGCAGGAACCUCGGGACCAGUUUUUCUCCUGACAAUACCUACCAGCGUGGGAUAUGAACAAAAUCCUCUGAGUUUGUACUAUUGCUAUGACCUUGAAGGCUCUCUUCGGCAUUUGAAGAAGUGCAUUGCUGAGGUAACAAAUACACCAUGGGGUGAACGAGUCAAUUUUGUUUUCAAUCCAAACUCGGAUUUAGUGGCAAAACCAUUGCAUGUCAGCCCCUUUAUGGAUAUGAUUGGGAAUUGGAGCAUCAGAGCAAAUGAUCCUGAGGACAGUUUAUCUGUAUGCAUUUCAGUCCAACACCCUAAGCAUGGCGAUUAUUUUGUGGCUACAUUAAAAGCUAAGAGAAUCUCCUCAAUCUCAGUGUCCGAUCAUGAUUUGUUCUUCUGGUUGAUGCCUCAUAAAGUUGCAUUGUGGAUAUAUUGGCAUGCUAUUAAACUCUGGUGGAAAAAUGUGCAAUUUAUAACACAUCCAAGGUACAGUAACCCUAAACAUAGGGAGGAAGCACAAAUGCGUGACCAAAUGCUUCAAUGCAAUCAGAAACCUGCAUCGGACAGGGAUAAACGUUUGCAAGAUGAAGGACAUUGCCCAGAAAAUUUCACUGACAGGAAUUACAGGAAACGACAGUUCAAGUGGAGAGAUGCCAAGUGGCCUUGGUGUUAAAUUCUAAUGGUAAGCUUUCCACUAAAAUCUAUUGGAUGAGACUUGGUGUUUCUUAUCUUACUUUGUAUAAACAUGUGAUGUUUGUCUAUAACCAUCAAAAAUGCAGCUACAUAUAAACAAUAUUGCGAGAAUCUAUUAUUCAUUGGGCUAUUGGGAUUCUUCCUUUUUUUUUUUUUUUUUUUU